AUGUGGGCGAGCGUCGUCGUGCGGAGCCGGUCCAUCGGCAUCCCCGACGACGGCGCGCCCUUUCCCCCGACGGGCGCGCUCGCCGACGCGGUCCGCGGCGACGGGCCCAGGCCCCGGGGCUUCGCGCUCGUGCCCUUUCUAGAUUUCGCGAACCACGACGACGCGGAGGACAACGCGAAGCUCUGCCAGUUCGACGACGCGGCGGGCGGCGUCGGGCUCGUCGCGACGCGGCCCGUCGCGGAGGGCGACGAGAUCCGCUUCAACUACCGGCCCGACGAGCACCUCCGGGGCUUCUACCGGUCCUACGGCUUCGUGCCCGCCCGGCCGCCGCGCCAGAUCUACGACGUCGACGACGCCGACGACGCCGAGGCCGCGGACCGCCGCGUCGCCGCGCGGCGCUGGCCGCCGAAGGGCGCCGUCACCGUCCUGGACGUCGACGCGCGGCCGCCCGGCGUCGCCGCGGCGGCGCGGACCUGCGAGGACCGGGGGUCCCGCGUCGUCGUGCGCCGCGCGGACGCCGGCGGCGGCGGCGGCGACGACGCGGCCGCGCGCGCGCGCGCCGUCGCGCUCCUGGGGCUCGCCCUCCGCGCGGCGCGCCGCGAGCCCGGCGGCGGCGACGCCGCGGACGCGUACCGCGCCGCGUCCGCGGCGAUCCUCGAGGAGGCGCUCGCGGACCUCGUGCGGGUCGAGCGGGUGGGAAGAACGGCCUCUUCGGAAACCUCUCUCCGUCAACUCGACGGCGCCUGGUCGAAGGCGAUGGAGAAGGCCCAGGCACCCGGUGGCGCUUUGCAUUCCUAUUACAACAAUCCGACCGCUCGUCAGAAGCGUCGAAAGAUAGUCCAGACCGCAUUCUUGCAUCACAAAGCCGAGCGGCUCGCAUCCCCGUUCGCCGAUCUGAAGACGCCGACGACCGCGAUGAACGACCGCGCUCCUCUCCUCUUGUCGGAGGAGCAGUGGCCGAUCGCACUGGGCUCAGUGGCGCGACGCGACUCCUCUAAGACUGAAACCAUGACGCGCGUCGUGGGGCUUCAGCGUGAGAACGCGCGCGGCGCGGUCGAGUACGCCCCGGUGCCGGGCGGCGGGGCCCCGGGGCCCCCACCCGCGCACUGGUGGACCAAGUCCGAUCUCGAGCAGGCGUCGGUACUCCUCGGGAUGAAGCUGUCUCCCGUGCCCUCGCCGGCGCCGUCGCCGAAGCGGCGCAAAGUGGGCUUUCCCCCCGACGACCAGCCCGCCGCGGUGUCGCGGUCCGGCUCGUCGGAUUCCGCGGAGCUCCUCGCCGUCGACCUCGUCCCGCGGCGAUCCACGGCCCCGCCGAAGAAGACGAAAAAGGCCGAGGACCUCCCGAAGCCCCCGCACGGCUGCGGCGUCCGCGAGGCGACGCUCGCGGGGUUCGCGCGCGUGCCCGACGCGCCCGCGGGCCUCGUCGAGCGGUCCGCGCGCUUCGUCUCCGAGGUCGCGUGCAUGUUCCCGCCGGGCUCGACGAUCUUCUCGCUCUUCAAGCGCUUCCUGGCGGCCCCGCGGACCUGCGUCGACGACCGCAAGCGCGCCGUCAAGGAGAUCAUCCUCCUGCUCAACGAGACGCCGCAGCUCAUGAAGCUCUUCCUCGGGCUUUUGCCGCCGGAGUCGUACGCGGAGAGCGUGAGAUCUCACGACGUCCAGAGUCUGGUCAAGAUGGUGUGUGUGUGGCGACUUGUCCUGGCGACGUUCGCGUGCGUCGGGAAGUCCGAGGGGUUCUGUUGCUGGUGGUCUGCGACGGGGGACCCGUGCGACUGCUCGGAGACGUCGAAGGCCAGCAACCUCGCGACCUCUCUAGCGUGCGUCGACGGCGGAGGCUCGUGGUGCUCGGAGGACGGCGAGCAGUCCGCGCCGGAGGACGGCGAGCAGUCUGCAGAUGGCGGCGAGCAGUCCGCGCCGGAGGACGGCUCCUCCUCGUGCGCGUGCCGCUCGAUUAUGGCGGGGAUCACCGACGAGUGGUGCCAGCAGUCCGAUUGCGAUCCUGCAUUUGCCGCGCAGUGCUCUUCUGCGUGCCCGACGGCGCCAGGAGCGACGCCCGCGCCCACGGCCAAGCCCGUCGCGACCCCGGCUCCGACUCCUCCCGUCACGGCGCCGAACUGGGGCCGGGGCCGGGAUCGGCAAAGGGCAAGAACGGGGUCCACAAUGCGUGGUGGCACCAUCCUGUUGAGAGAUCAAAACUUGAACGGAUCGUGCGAACCUACGUUGAAUCUGCCAUCGGUCUCAAACAAAAUCAAAACUACGCAUGGGUCGGCUUUAAAGAAAUCCGAUUCAGAACUGACGACGAGUUGGACUAUAUUUUGUCUCUUUUUCCUUGCUCCAAAGUUAUCGUCAAUAUUCGUCGAGACGUCGUUCGACAACACGAAUCCGCGUUCAAAAGAUCAAGCCCCAUUUCGAAACUCAAAUCUCACAACGAUAUGCUCUUAAAAUGGAGCAAAAAACAUCGUAAUCACGUCUUCACGCUCGCUUUAGAAGACUUUAACCUUGACAACUUCAAUCGUCUGGCGGUUUGGCUCGGCUUUCCAAACUGUCAUUUCAAACAAAUCGCUCAUGCGAACCGCAACGGUGGGUAUGGAGUUGAUAAUCGUCACUUUGUGACUUGUUGAAAUACAAACCACACAUCAUAGAAUUCUACUCACUAUAAUUUACGGCGGAAGCGCUCCGGUCCCGCCGUCCCCCCGCCCUGAAGCGGCGUCGCAAAAUUAGAGCACCGUGACGGGCCCCGGCUCCGCCGCGCGCGGCGUCGCGGGCGCGAUGGGCGCGACGUCCCUCGCCGGCGGCGCGUCCGCGGCGUCGUCGGGCGGCGCCCAGAGCGCGAGGGGGUCGUUGAACGCGGCGAGCCAGGCGUACUUGUCCGCGGCGUUCUUGCAGCGGAGCUUG